AUGAGUGUCAUCCAUCUGCUUGUUCAUCUCGCCUUGGUCAUACUCAAGUGUGCCCCGUUUGUGGUCGAUCAUUGCUCAAUCGUCAAAGUGACCAUAUUCACAAAAGAAAACCCAUCAAGCCUCACACUAAGAAUGAUCAACUUAAUUCGAGCUACUGUAGCACCUCGUCAGAUAUCACAAUAUGAUCGUGUAUGUCAUGCCUGUUGGUUGAGGUUUAAAAGACAAGCUCUUUUAACUCAACAACAGGAUGAAAGAAGAGGCUUAGAAGGUGAUGAGACUCCUCACGGUCAAGAAGAAGUGGAACAGCCUGUUGAUGCAGUUCAUGUUCCAGAAUUACAACCUCCCCCCGUUUCUUGCAAGUACAGAUGA